AUGUUGUAUGCAAGAAGUUUGGGCACUGGCUCAUCGUCACUGCGCCCUCCAAAUGGACAUGCGUCCAGCUCUGGCGCAGGCUCAUCCAAGCAAUCGAAAGCGGAGAUUGAGGCGGCUCGAAAGCAAGCAGAAGAGAAUGAGGCAAAGCUCGCGAAGAUUUACGAGAGCUUCCAAUUCGAACCGCUAUGGGAAAAGCUCAGUGAGGCACUAACCAGGCUCGAGGAUGACUCUAGUGCAGCUCAAAUUCUGCUACCGCUGAUUGAAAGCUUGAUGGUGGUAUCCAAGCACGUCGCAGCGGGUGAGACCCUAGCUGCGCAAAGAGCAUUACGAUCAGGCUCGAUGUCACCAUCUCUCGAGCGGCCACUAGAACCGAGGACAGCACGCGAGGUGAUGGCCGACACGUUCUUCAAUUUCACCGAAAAGCACCGCAAGAUACUCAACGCGAUGGUGCGGCAGAACCCAUCGCUCAUGUCGGGCUCUUUCUCCCUGAUGGUACAGAACCCAAAGGGCCUGGACUUUGACAACAAGCGCACUUACUUUUCGCAGCAGUUGCACAAGGGGCGGCGAGAGCACUACACCACACUGAGCAUGUCGAUCAGGAGAUCCGAGAUCUUCUACGACUCCUAUCGCUUCUUUUCGCGGUAUACAGGUCCAGAAAUUAAGCAUGGCAAGCUCAACGUCAGGUUCCACGGGGAAGAGGGUGUAGAUGCAGGAGGCGUCACGCGCGAAUGGUUCUCUGUGCUUGCUCGCGCGAUGUUCAACCCUGAUUACGCAUUGUUCGCUCCCUGCGCGGCAGACCGCACAACAUUUCAGCCGAAUCGCAUGAGUUGGAUCAACGAGCAUCACCUGUCCUUCUUCAAGUUUGUUGGCAGGAUCAUAGGCAAGGCUAUCUACGACGGCCGGCUGCUCGAUGCAUACUUUAGCCGCUCAUUCUACAAGCACAUCCUAGGCAAGGCAGUCGAUUAUCGGGAUAUCGAGGCAGUAGACCCAGAGUACUUCAAGUCGCUCGAGUGGAUGCUCAACAAUGACAUCACCGGCGUACUCGACUUGACAUUCAGCGUGGAUGCAGAGGACUUUGGAGAAGCGAAGACGAUCGAGCUCAAGCCCGGCGGCAAGGACAUUGCUGUGACUGAGGAGAACAAGGUCGAAUAUGUGAAGUUGAUUACAGAGCAGCGGCUCACGAAAAGCAUCAGAAAGCAGAUCGACGCGUUCCUAGAAGGCUUCCACGACAUUAUUCCAGUCGAUCUCAUCCGCAUAUUCAACGAGCAAGAGCUUGAGUUGCUCAUCUCUGGUCUUCCAGAUAUUAACGUGGACGACUGGAAGAACAACACAGAGCUGCACGGGUAUUCGUCUGGUGAUCCAGUUAUCCAAUGGUUCUGGAGGGCGGUGCGGUCCUUUGACCAGACGCAAAAGGCGAACCUACUACAGUUCAUCACGGGUACCAGCAAGACGCCAAUCGAGGGAUUCAAGGCUCUGCAGGGUGUCCAGGGAAACCAGCGCUUCAACAUCCACAAAGCGUACGGCGAGAAUCGCUUGCCGACAGCGCAUACCUGUUUCAACCAGCUGGACCUGCCCGCUUAUGAGACUUAUGAAAAGCUUCGAUCGCAGCUACUAACCGCCAUGGUGGAGGGUGGCACUGGUUUCGGCUUUGCUUGA